ACCGGGAAAAACAAGAAGUGUACUCAGAUGUUCAAAUAGGCUAGCUGGAGAAUUAAAUAAUAGUUUUGCCUCUCGAAUCGUUUUAAAGGCGUUAGCUUAACAGAUGGAUGCUCUAGACAGACAUCGUUCCAUGUACAAAGGUACAACUCCUCCAUGGAAAGAAACCUACAGGAAGCGCUGUGCUGACAGGUUAAAAAACAGUCGGUCACGGUUAUUGGAGAAGUACCGGAAGAUUGGAGGUACUCUGGGCUGCGGAGCGAGCAGUUCUUUCCUGGUCCAAGAAGUGAUGGAGGAGGAGUGGACUGCGCUUCAGUCGGCGGACAGCAGAUUACCAUCACUCUGGCGUAAAAAUGGCAUUGGGGAGGUGUACAGUUUAAUGCAGGAGAGCGAUGACCUGGCCGUGCUUGAGGAGAUUCAACAGGAGCUGGUAUCUCAAGAAUUGUCCAUUAUUGAAGAGUAUGAGAAAAGCAUGCAGUAUGAGGAGGGGUAUUUGAAUUCUGUAGUGGAGGGAAUGGAGGAAGGAGGACAAAUUGUAUGUCCAAUUUGUCGCAUGAACAAUCUGACUGUUAACAGCCAUUUUACAUCGUGUCUGUGCGGGGUGUACAUCAACACAAAGCACAGGAAUAUUACACCUGCACACCUGCAGUCUCUCCUGGAGAGUAGAGUCACACAGCACAUGGAAGAGUGCCUGCAUAAUCCCGUCUUCUCCAUGGCCAGCAACACGGAUGGAUCUCCAAAUAUGAUCAUCAGUUGUAAGGUGUGUGACUACUUGUCAAUCGUUUUGUGAAGAUAUGCCACAAAUCUUAAUUUUAGCAAUCAGUGUUACUUAAAAUUUCAGUGUCUGGAAACUUGUAUUUAAUUUCUGUGAAAUAAAGAAUUUGGAUUUAAUUAA